AUGAUCCCCAAGGAACAGAAGGAGCCGGCAAUGGCUGUCACAGGAGAUCUUGCUGAGCCAGUCCCUUCGCUGGACCUGGGGAAGAAGCUGAGUGUGCCUCAGGAUCUGAUGAUAGAGGAGCUGUCUCUCCGCAACAACCCAGGAUCCCUCCUCUUUCAGAAGCGGCAGCGCCGGGUGCAGAAGUUUACCUUUGAGCUUUCAGAAAGUUUGCAGAGUAUCCUGGCCGGAAGUGCCCGAGGGAAAGUGGCUGACAGAGCAGCGCAGGUUACGGUUCUCAAUGGCCCGGAGGAGCAGAACCACGGCUCGGAGCAGAACCACCGCUCGGAGCUCCACGUUUCCCAGGGGUCACCGGGGGACCCCAGGACUGCCCACCCGGGAGUGACUGGUGUUGAGUCGGUCCGUAGUCCAAGUGCCCUGGCACCAGGCUAUGCAGAACCGCUGAAGGGCAUCCCGCCCGAGAAGUUCAACCACACCGCCAUCCCCAAAGGGUACAGUUGUCCAUGGCAGGAGUUCGUCAGCUACCGAGACUACCCGAGUGGCAGCAUCACCCCCAUUGUUCGCGACUAUCGCAACUUCAACAAGACCCCAGUGCCAUUUGGAGGACCCCAUGUUGGCGAGACUGUUUUCCAAGCAGGCCUCCCCUUUGCCCCGGAGCCGUUCAGUGGCCUGGAACUCCUCCGCCUUAGACCGAGUUUCAACAGGGUUGCUCAGGGCUGGGUCCGGAAGCUCCCCGAGUCUGAGGAGCUGUAA